CCGGAGCUCGCCAGCCGAGGCAGCACGGCUCCGCGGACUUUUUUUCAAACUCCCAUCAAUGAGACUUCGAGGAGGAGCGGGAGGCGGCGGCGGCGGCGGCGGCGGACGCGCAGGAAGGCGAGGAGGCGCCGGGGGAGCCAGAGGAGCCGGAGGAGCUGAAGCAAGGAGCGUGGGCCGCGCGGCGCGCGGGAGCCUAGGGGAGCUCCCGGCUCGCCGGCGGUAGGGGCUGCUGGGCCCCCGCCCGCCUCUCGGUCCCCUCCCCUGCCUGGCCCGCCCCGCCCCGCCCCGGCCGGACUGAGCCCCGGUACACGGCAGCCCGCGGCGGGUCGCCGCGCCAGCCAAGUUGGGAUGGGGGCCCGAAGCCACCGCCCGGCGCCCCAGAGGCCACCUGCGUGCUAGAGGCAAACUUUUGUCUCCCUCGGGCUGUCACCCAGGACCAUGAGCGGCUAAGAUGGAGACGUCCGCCUCAGUCACGGCCACGGAGAAGAAAGACGCCAAAAGUGGGAGCCUGGAGGGUGUCGCUUUCCCCGACCCUGGCAGGAAGGCCUCUGCUCUCGCGGUGGCCACGGCGGCCGCGGCAGCGGUGGCUGCCCAAGGAGUGCCACAACACCUUUUGCCACCGUUUCAUGCUCCCUUACCGAUUGACAUGAGACACCAGGAGGGAAGGUACCAUUAUGAGCCCCACUCUGUCCACGGCGUGCACGGGCCUCCUGCCCUGAGUGGCAGCCCCAUUAUCUCCGACAUCUCGUUGAUCCGGCUUUCCCCACACCCCGCCGGCCCCGGGGAGUCCCCCUUCAACGCCCCCCACCCCUACGUGAGCCCCCACAUGGAGCAUUACCUCCGUGCCAUGCACAGCAGCCCCACACUCCCCACGAUCUCUGCGGCCCGGGGCCUUAGCCCCGCUGACGUGGCCCACGAGCACCUCAAGGAGAGGGGACUGUUUGGCCUCCCCCCUCCGGGCACCAACCCCUCAGACUAUUACCACCAGAUGACUCUCAUGGCGGGCCACCCUGCACCAUACGGGGACCUGCUGGUGCAGAGUGGGGGUGCCGCCAGUGCACCCCACCUCCACGACUACCUCAAUCCGGUGGAUGUGUCGCGCUUCUCCAGCCCACGGGUGACGCCCCGCCUGAGCCGCAAGCGGGCGCUGUCCAUCUCCCCGCUGUCAGACGCCAGCCUGGAUCUGCAGCGGAUGAUCCGGACGUCACCCAACUCGCUGGUGGCCUACAUCAACAACUCCCGCAGCAGCUCGGCGGCCAGCGGCUCCUACGGCCACCUGUCAGCAGGCACCCUCAGCCCAGCCUUCACCUUCCCCCACCCCAUCAACCCGGUGGCCUACCAGCAGAUCCUGAGCCAGCAGAGGGGCCUGGGCUCAGCCUUCGGACACACCCCGCCCUUGAUCCAGCCCUCGCCCACCUUCCUGGCCCAGCAGCCCAUGUCCCUCGCCUCCAUCAAUGCUACGCCCACCCAGCUCAGCGGCAGUGCCACCUGUCUGAGCGACGCCACCCAGAACAAGCAGAACAGCGAAUCGGCUGUGAGCAGCACCGUGAACCCCAUCGUAAUUCAUAAGCGCAGCAAGGUCAAGACAGAGGCAGAGGGCCUGCGGCCAGCCUCCCCGCUGACCCUGACGCAGGAGCAGCUGGCUGACCUCAAGGAAGACCUGGACAGGGACGACUGUAAGCAGGAGGCCGAAGUGAUCAUCUAUGAGACCAACUGCCACUGGGAAGACUGCACCAAGGAGUACGACACCCAGGAGCAGCUGGUGCACCACAUCAACAACGAGCACAUCCAUGGGGAGAAGAAGGAGUUCGUGUGCCGCUGGCAGGCCUGCACGCGGGAGCAGAAGCCCUUCAAGGCCCAGUACAUGCUGGUGGUGCACAUGCGCCGGCACACGGGCGAGAAGCCCCACAAGUGCACGUUCGAGGGCUGCUCAAAGGCCUACUCCCGCCUGGAGAACCUGAAGACGCACCUGCGGUCCCACACUGGGGAGAAACCAUAUGUGUGUGAGCACGAGGGUUGCAACAAGGCCUUCUCCAACGCCUCAGACCGCGCCAAGCACCAGAACCGCACCCACUCCAACGAGAAACCCUACAUCUGCAAGAUCCCAGGCUGCACCAAGCGAUACACGGACCCCAGCUCUCUCCGGAAGCAUGUGAAGACGGUGCACGGCCCAGAUGCUCACGUCACCAAGAAGCAGCGUAACGACGUGCACCUCCGCGCCCCGCUGCUCAAGGAGAACGGGGACCACGAGGCCAGUGCCGAGCCCGGGGGCCGGGGCUCGGAGGAGAGUGCCGAGGCCAGCAGCACCAGCCAGGCCGUGGAAGACUGCCUGCACAUCAAAGCCAUCAAGACCGAGAGCUCCGGGCUGUGUCAGUCCAGCCCCGGGGCCCAGUCGUCCUGCAGCAGCGAGCCCUCUCCCCUGGGCAGUGCCCCCAACAACGACAGCGGCGUGGAGAUGCCGGGGACUGGGCCCGGGAGCCUGGGAGACCUGACAGCUCUGGAUGACACGCCCCCGGGGGCCGAUGCCUCAGCCCUGGCCGCUCCCUCUGCUGGUGGCCUGCAGCUGCGCAAACACAUGACCGCCAUGCACCGGUUCGAGCAGCUCAAGAAGGAGAAGCUCAAGUCACUGAAGGAUUCCUGCUCCUGGGCCGGGCCGGCUCCACACACCCGGAGCACCAAGCUGCCUCCCCUCCCGGGAAGUGGCUCCAUCCUGGAAAACCUCGGCGGCGGCGGGCCGAGCGGGCUGCUGCCCAACCCGCGGCUGUCCGAGCUGUCCGCGGGCGAGGUGACCAUGCUGAGCCACCUGCAGGAGCGCCGCGACAGCUCCACCAGCACGGUCAGCUCCGCCUACACCGUGAGCCGCCGCUCCUCCGGCAUCUCCCCCUACUUCUCCAGCCGCCGCUCCAGCGAGGCCUCACCCCUGGGCGCCGGCCGCCCGCACAACGCCAGCUCGGCCGACUCCUACGACCCGAUCUCCACCGACGCGUCGCGGCGCUCCAGCGAGGCCAGUCAGUGCAGCGGCGGCGGCUCGGGGCCGCUCAGCCUCACGCCCGCGCAGCAGUACAGCCUGCGCGCCAAGUACGCCGCGGCCACUGGCGGGCCGCCGCCCACCCCGCUGCCCGGCCUGGAGCGCGCGGGCCUCCGGACCAGGCUGGCGCCGCCCGGCCCCUGCGCGCGCCCGCUGGGGCCGCGGCGGGGCAGCGACGGGCCGGCGCACGGCCACGCGGGGCCCGCGCCCGCCUUCCCCCACGAGGCGCCGGGCGGCGGGGCGCGGCGGGCCAGCGACCCGGUGAGGCGACCCGACGCCCUGGCUGCGCCGCGGGUGCAGCGCUUCCACAGCGCCCACGACGUGAACCCGGCCCCGCUGCCGCCCUGCGCCGACAGGCGAGGUCUCCGCCUGCCCGGCCACGCCAGCGCCGACGGCGGCCUGGCCCGAGGCGCCUACUCGCCGCGGCCGCCCAGCAUCAGCGAGCACGUGGCCACGGAGGCCUUAGCGGUGGGGGCGGACAGCGCCGGGCCCGAGGUGGGCCUCAUGCUGCCCGAGGACGACCUCGUGCUGCCGGACGACGUGGUACAGUACAUCAAGGCGCACGCGGGCGGUGCCCUGGACGACAGCCCCUCACAGGCCUAUCCCCCCGAAAGCACCUGCUUCUCUGAGAACCCCAAACUGCCCAGCCCGGGGCUGCACGGCCCCCGCAGGAUGGUGGCUGCGGACUCCAACGUGGGCCCCUCCGCCCCUGUGCUGGGAGGCUGCCAGCUGGGCUACGGGCCCCCCUCCAGCCUGAACAAAAACAACAUGCCUGUGCAGUGGAAUGAGGUGAGCUCCGGCACCAUGGACGCCCUGGCCAGCCAGGCGAAGCCUUCACCCUUUUCGCAGGGCAACCUGGCUGUGGUGCAGCAGAAGCCGGCCUUCGGCCAGUACCCCGGCUAUAGUCCACAAGGCCUGCAGCUGAGCCCGGGAGCCCUGGACAGCGGGCAGGGACACUUUCAGCCCUGCGGGGGAGGCCCCUCGGUGCCUAGGAUAAAUUACAUGCAGCAGCUGCGGCAGCCAGGGACAGGUGGUCAGUGUUCCAAUAUGACCACCACCGUGAGCCCCCACACCAAUUGCGGCCAGGCCCACCCCCAGCUGAGUCCCAGUGCUGUGGGUGGGACCUUGAACCAGUACCCCCCGUCCUGUAACAACAUGGCAGCCAAGCCAGUCCACUUGGGGCUCCCCCAGCAAAUGGAAAUCGCUCCCGAAGCCAGCAUGAUGGGCAGCAGCCGCAGGGAACUCGGAAUCACCAAUUCAGCCCUGGCCGGGAUGCCUCCGCUUCACUCCACCCAGAGCUACCCACAGCAGAGCCAUCACCUGGUGAACCCCAUAAGCCAGGAGAGCUACCGCCAGGGCCCCAACCUUCUACCUGCCCAGCAACCUGGCUUCAUGGAGCCCCAGCAGGGCACCGCGGGGGUAGCCGGAUCCAGCUUUGGCCUAGUUCAACCCCGGCCUCCCGCCGAGCCCAGCCCCGCCGGCUGCCACCGGGGGGUGCGUGCCGGGGUGCAGCUGGCCUACGCCAGAGCCACCGGCCACGCCAUGGCUGCUGUGUCGACCCAUCAGGAGAUGGCAGAUGCGCCCAAGGGAGCAAUGGGCGGCGUGGUGUCCCGGCCUCCCCAGCCCCCCCCGCAGGACACUGGUGGGGUCCCGGACCACAGCAUGCUGUACUACUAUGGCCAGAUCCACAUGUAUGAACAGAACGGAGGCCUGGAGAACCACGCAGGCUGCCAGGUCAUGCGGCCCCAGCCACCACCGCCACAGGCCUGCCCCGACAGCGUCCAGCCCCAGCCCUUGCCCUCUCCAGGGGUCAACCACGUGUCCAGCACUGUGGACUCCCAGCUACUGGAGGCUCCCCAGAUUGAUUUUGAUGCCAUCAUGGAUGAGGGCGAUCACUCGAGCUUGCUCUCAGGCACCCUGAGUCCCAGCCUCCUCCACAGCCUCUCCCAGAACUCCUCCUGCCUCACCACCCCCCGGAACUCCCUGACUCUGCCCUCCAUCCCCACGGGCAUCAGCAACAUGGCGGUUGGGGACAUGAGCUCCAUGCUCACCAGCCUGGCAGAGGAGAGCAAGUUCCUGAACAUGAUGACCUAAGUUCCCAGCCCCUGGCGCUCCGUGGAGCCGGAGGAACCUUCAUUUCCCAGAGCACGGGAGUUCUAGUUUGUCUUUUUCCAAAAAAAAGUAUUAAAUAGGUCUGAGGGAGUUUUGCCAAUGGCCGGUCCGGACCACAAAUGCUUUAAGGGCAGCUUCGUGUGCAACCUGUCUGGUCGUCUUCGGGAUGGCUUUUCAGAACACUUUAAAAAGUCUCAACAAGAAAGGCAAGGCAGGAGCGAAAAACUCGUUUGCCACAGUGCUUCCCAGCCUUUGGUGUUUAUAGGACCAAAUUGUUCUGGCUUCUUCACCUCUGUCAUUUGGCUUAAUGAGGGAUUACGCUGGCCAAAGGCUUUCCAAGUACAUGAGGAAAGAGGGUAGAGGGAACCACAUUUGGGUUUGAAUCCGAAAGCCAUACUGGAUAUUCUAAUCCAGGAAGAGAAGUUUCUCGUUCCCGUACCUGCAAGGUAAAGGAAUUCCUGGCCCACUGGAAUUCUUCUAUGAAGCUUACUUCUUGAGGCCUCUCGCAUCCCUGUGCCACAGAGGAAGAAAACAGAUUUUUACCUGGAUGAUUUGGAAGCACGUCCUGAUUCCAGGUCUGGUAGAGCUGGCAUCUCUACCCCGCAAAGCCAAGUUUGCGACGGGCAGGCUGUUCAAGUGUAUACGAAUGACUAAAGAAUGGAAGUAUUGCCAGAGAAAAAGAAAAAUUGUAGUGCUUGGGGCAAGCCCAGAAGCUGCCCUAGCCUCUCCAGACCGUGUUUACAGUGUUCAUGCAUGUAGAAUGUAGCCCUUCCUGGAAAGAACACUUCUAAAUACCUCGGGGUGGCUGGAGCUGCUGUGGGCUAGGGAUGGACCCAGGUGAGCCGACGCCUGGCACGGGACCUCCAGAAAGUGGGAGAGCGCCAGGGACCCGGCCUCAGGCCACCCUGGAGAUCUCCCACAGGAAGAGGAAGUCGUAUGUUUACCCAAUCCUGUUUCUCUGAUGCACUGUCCGCCCACUUUGCCACAGAAAACCCCAGGACUUCGAUGGCGGCCUCUGCCCAGUCUCCCCCAGGCUGUGUUGUCCGCUUACCUGCAGCCCAGUGGUCUGUGCCAAGGUACAACAUGACGUCCCGGGGUCUUCUGGGUUCCCUCCCCUCUGUCCUGUUCAUUCCGCAGAGCACGAUGACCUGCAUGGUGUUUUUGGUGGGGCUGAGUGGGUGAAGGGGUUGUUUCCUGGGACUCUGAGGGACCAUCCCUGAAUUUUCCUGUUCGCUGUGAACAAGCCCCACCUGGAAGUGGAACUUGGGACUGGUAUCAGAAGACAUCGUUCCUGAACAUACUGUAGGGCGAAUGGAUGCCUCUCCCCUCCCCCCACCACACACACAUACACACCCUCCCACACCUUUCCCACGCUGAAUUUGUGGCGACCUGGCCAAAACCAACCACACCACUGUGAGCCUGAUGAUAACCGUGACCCUGGCCUCCGCCACGGCAGGGCCAAGAUUUUCCCUGGGCCCUCUGCAUCCCAGAACAUCAGACGCUUUGUUAGGGUCCAGAGACAAAGCCAAGUCCAAAUAACAGCCCUGGGACCCCUCCGAGGGCGUGGGCUCCGUGGCGGUGUUCGUUCACUCCCUGAGCUAGGAUUUCACUAGCCGUCCCCAGCCUGUGUAUAACCUGUACAGAAGGCGUCGUCCCUGAAAAUACUGUAGGUGAAUCAUCCAGCCAAAUUUAUAUCUCCAAAAUAUUUAGCUUUUUCUACAUGCUAUGAAUUGAGAUGACACACUCAACUUGUAAAUAAGUCUUUUUGUACAUUAAAAAAGUAAUUUUUUCAUAAUUUAUUUUGUCUAUCUGCUUUGCCUUGACAGUAGUUAAUGAGAACCCGGGCAGUAAAUUUGGUGCAUUUGAAC